AACAUACAAAUUAUCGAGUUUCUAACAAAGAUAAAGUCGGCUCUGCGUCGCCUCGUAAUUUGCCAACUGUAAUUUAGCGAAAUAAUAGCGAUCGCGACCGUGAGCCGUCGAGGAGUUGGAGCGCCCACACUGCCACCCACCGAGGACGCCAGCGGAACAGCCGUGCACCAACUGCGAAGGCCGUGUGCGCGAGAGUGCGAGCGAGAGGGCAGCAGGCGACACAGGGAGAAUCAUUUUCGCAAGUGUUGUGAUAGAAAAAAGUGAAAGAAACUGCGAUAGUGAGUUCGAAGAAGAAACGAGACCAAAAAUGUCUUCAACCCCAGCAGCGGGCAGUGCCGGCGAGAUGGCCACCUCCAGUGCCACCCCAAAUGCUCCCAGUGCACCCAGCACAACGACCAGCAACGUGAGCAAUCCCAGCCAGCCGACGUCUGCCGGAACUCCGCAGGCACGUGGUGGCAGGGGCAGCAACGCCAACGGAGGUGCCUCCGGCAGCAAUGCCGGUGGCGGAGAUGAGCCGCGCAAGGAAGCCAAAACGACGCCCAAGAUAUCCAAGGCGCUCGGUACCUCGGCCAAGCGCAUACAGAAGGAGCUGGCCGAGAUCACACUUGACCCACCGCCCAACUGCAGUGCCGGGCCCAAGGGCGACAACCUAUACGAGUGGGUAUCCACCAUACUGGGACCACCCGGAUCCGUCUACGAGGGCGGCGUCUUCUUCCUCGACAUACACUUCUCGCCGGAGUAUCCCUUCAAGCCACCCAAAGUCACGUUCCGCACGCGCAUCUAUCACUGCAACAUCAACAGCCAGGGCGUCAUUUGCCUGGACAUACUCAAGGACAACUGGUCGCCGGCGCUGACCAUAUCAAAGGUCUUGCUGUCAAUUUGCUCCCUGCUCACAGACUGUAAUCCAGCCGAUCCGCUGGUGGGCAGCAUUGCCACGCAAUAUUUGCAGAAUCGUGAGGAGCACGAUCGAAUUGCGCGUCUUUGGACAAAAAGGUACGCAACAUGAUGCGUAAGUUCUGGCAUCGUGCAUGUACCACGAACCGAAAACUGCAACAACAGAAACGAAAAUUCGCAUCUUGCAACGGAGAAAGUCUAUUUUAUAAAUAUAUAUUAAAGUACGAUAACUACUAAAUUAACAGUAACAACUACCGUAACACGAAGAGCAACCGCCAAUAGCCAGUCAAUCCAAUCCAAUCCAAAUUCAGUCUAUAUUUAUAUCAGGUUAAUACAGAAGUUGUAAAAACAUUUGGAAAUUUCUUGUGUUGUAUUUUUCGGAAACUAGUUUUGUUUUUAGAUCGCUUAGCAACCGAAAACAUUGUAACGAGUCACAUUCGAUGAAAAACUGCAUCAUGAAUUGCACAUUGACAUAUUAAACUAUAAACUAUUCAACUGCAUAAUAAAUAUAAAUACAAUUAGUUUACAUUAUAUGUGUACAGUGUUAAGUGAAAAUGGAGCUAAACAAGUAAAGAGAAAAGCCUAUUUUAAUGCGUAAUGCGUAAUAUUAAUGCAACCAAUGUCAGGGCAGUAAACUUCGUAAAAGAUGAUUUUCAUUAAAAAAAAAACUGGCCACAGCAAGGAAAAUUCUCAACAACAAAAGACUAAAAACGAAGUGGUAAACGAAAAACGAAAUAAAUCUAUGUAUACAAAACUUAAGACAACCUAUUCCAAAUUCCAAAACAAAAUUAAAUAAAUUUGUGUUAUUUAUAUAUAAAA